AUGAGAGGGCAGAGGGAGCAAGAAGAAAACAACGUGACUGGAAUGGAGUUGAGGCUUGUGUCAUGGGUGAUUUUGGCCACAGUUGUCCUACCGGGAGAUCCAUCACCGACGCCUGACCAGUACACCAAAGGGGUGGAUUGGUUGAGCAGGUAUGGCUACCUCCCUCCUCCUGACCCACGAACAAGCAAACUGCAGACCAAAGAGGGGAUUGAGAACGCGAUCCGCCUCAUGCAGAGAUUCGGUGGCAUAAAGGAAACCGGGCUGCUUGACAAUGACACUGUGCGGCUCAUGUCUACGCCCCGGUGCUCCCUCCCUGAUAUUGUGGGGAGUGAGGACAUGCUGAAAAAGAGGAAGAGGAGGAAACGAUAUGCCCUGUCAGGCCUCAAGUGGCAAAAGAAAGACCUCACAUGGAGUGUCCACAGUUACCCAUCAGCCUCGGUGUCGCCCUCGCUGCCCAACGACUUGGUGGACAAUCUCCUGACUCUCGCCUUCAAAGCCUGGAGCGAUGAGGCCCCCCUGAGUUUCCGUCGGAUUCACAGUGACAGCAGGGCGGUGGGGGCCGGGGGGGACAUCAGAGUGUCUUUUACCCGCUCGCUGCACGACGACGGGUACCCUUUUGACGGGCGGGGUGGCACCCUGGCCCACGCCUUCUUUCCCGGCAGGGAUGAAGUGGCGGGUGACACGCACUUUGAUGAUGAUGAGAUCUGGAGCUACGGAGGUCAUGGCAGCAGCACAGACUUGUUCACAGUGGCGGUGCAUGAGUUCGGCCACGCCCUGGGCCUGUCCCACUCCUCCUCUGACCCAUCUAUCAUGAGGCCCUACUACCAGGGUCCCGUAGGAGACAUUGGCAAAUACCGUCUGGCCCUGGACGACAUGCAGGCCAUUCAGCAGCUCUACGGUGUGAAGGGUGACAGGCCACAGCCACCGGGAGGCGGCCCAGACCUCCCACGCCUGCCCAGUCCACCACCGCCGAGACCAACAGAGCGUUCUGAUCCUUCGUUACCGGAGCGCUGCCAGGGAGGCUUUGACGCAGUGGCCAACGUCAGGGGUGAAGUCUUCUUUUUUAAAGGUGCGUACUUCUGGAGGACCAGACGGGACGGGUCUUUGAUCUCACUCAGACCGGCAAUGACUAAAAUCUUCUGGAUUGGCCUCCCUCCAGGAACGAACAAGAUCGAUGCCGUAUAUGAGAGGAAGAGCGACAGUAGUAUCAUAUUCUUUAUUGGAUCUCAGUAUUGGGUGUUCAAAGACACGGUGGUCAAGGAGGGCUACCCGCGGCCCCUGUCCGACUGGGGCAUGAGGACGAAGAGCGGGAGGCCUGUGGACAAGGUGGAGGCAGCUUUCAUCUGGGCCCACAACGGCAAGACCUAUCUUUUCAGCGGCGGAGAGUUUUGGAGGUUUGAUGAGAGCCGGAAAACCGACCAGGUGAUCAGGCAUCCGGAGGCGGACUAUCCACGAGACGCCGCCCUCUGGAAAGUCCCUGCCCACCCGGAUGACAUCAUCAGCUGGGGGGAUGGUGAUGCAUACUUCUUCAAAGACAACCUUUACUGGGUCCUGCCGAGAGGAGGGUUGGACCAAGACAACGCCAUUCCCAAGUCCAUCGGCGUAGAUUGGCUCAAAUGCCCGGCUCCCGCCCCGACCCAUGCUCCGACCGGUCCGAACCCAAGAGACUGCAGCUGUGGCUUGAACGGAUCCUCUGCUCUGCCCAGAAGCACAUGGCUGCUCCUGUUGUCCGUCACACUGGCAGCUAAGGUGUUCAUGAGAAAAUAGAAAGUUUUUGCAUUGCACUGUUUUGGCAUUUGUUUCAUGUCUGUUCAAACUGUAAAGGCUUGCAGGUGCAUUUUGUAGAUCUGGUAUUACUCCACGUGGGGGCAGCAGAGGGCCUUUACGCCAUGAUGUUCACAUCAAACAUUACAGUCCACUAGCAGGUUUCAGAUUGCCCACACACUGUGUGAGAGAUAGAAAGCUCGUAUUAAGUACGUUUUUGUUUUUCACCUAUCAAAACAGCCAAAGGACACCUUGAGAACCAUGUCCUCCCUUCAUUCUGCUAUAGAAUUCCUUCACUAUAAGCAUUUAAUUACACGGAGUGUGUAUAGGAUAAUGCUCUGAAACUCGACACUGAAACACAGCACUCUGGCACCUCCCUCAUAAUGAGACCCUACACAGCAGCUUUAUGUCUUGGCACUAAAAAUCCAAGAUGUCAAACACCUUCAAACAACGUAUUUAUUUAUUUAUGUGCAUUUUAAUCUCUGUGCAGACACGUUGUUAUGAAAAAUAUUCUUAAGGACCUGUACUUUGAGUUUGAUCCUUUGCCGCUUGAGUUUGAUAUUGGUUUGUAAGUAGGAGGUGCCACUGUCCUCCAUGUGAAGAAUUUGGUCAAACAAGAUGAUUUGGUUGGGACAGGUUUGGCAAACUUUCCCUCAGGGAAAUGCAACACUUUUUAUACCUGAAGAUUGCCUCAUUGCUUUAUUUGAACCAUGGUUGCCUUAUCAUCAUAUUAUGAUUUUGUUUUAAGGUCAAUUAAUCUGCAUGUCAAGCCAGGUGAAUUUAGAGUCACGUUGUGAAGUUGAUUAUAAGUUAAAGGUUUCCUGGUUUAGCCUGGUUACAGCUACCAAACUGUUUUUUUACAAUGAAGAAUGGUCAGUUGAUUGAAUGGCUGGCACCCUGUCAUCCUGUCUCCAGGAAAACAUACUAAAAUGCCUUACGUGAUUUGAGAACAGUAUAGCACUAUUGAUGUAAUUGUUACAAGUCUAUAAACAGGAAAUUGAUAAAUCAAGCAAUU